AUGCACACAGACACCAGGACUGACGAGGAAGAAAUGAGCUGCUUCUUGUCUCCCAGUGUUUCCUCCACACAUGAAGGUGCAAAGUGUCUCCCAGAGCUGCAGAGACCAAACUUCUCUGGACCUGGACCUGGACCUGGACCCAGCUGUGUGUCCAUCAAGAGUCACAUGUCCAAGGAGCUUCCUCUUGCUUUUAAAGGGCAACCUUCUCCACAGAUCCCUCAGCAGAGACCAGAGCCUCCUCACCUCAGCUGUGUGUCCGUGAAGAUGAAUCGAAAUACUGUUUACAAAGGCCGACGCCACUCAGCCAAUCAAUUACUUCAUCAGAAUAACUCAGAUGUCCCCUGUGGUCAAUCGUCCCAGCAGCAUCAAAUAGACCUGGACUUCAUAUUUAUGCUGCUUGAAAAGAAAAUUGUCAGUUUUGUGAAAAACGAGCUGAAAAGGAUCAAGGAGAUUCUGGGUCUAGAUUACCCACAAUUCUUAGAGGGUCAAAGUGGGGAUGAAGAACAGAAGAGGAGCAGCAGAGAAGCAUUUCUGAAGAUGACACUGGACUUCCUGAGGACAAUGAAGCAGAAGAAGCUGUCUGAGAGUCUACAGAGGAUGGUCAAAGCCUCCAAAAAAACUGUGCUCAGUGGCUGCAACCUAUCAUGGAGAAGCUGUGAAGCUCUGUCCUCAGUUCUUAGUUCACAGUCCUCUAGGCUGAGAGACCUGGACCUGAGUAACAACGACCUGCAGGAUUCAGGAGUGAAGUUACUGUCUGCUGGACUCAAGAGUCCACACUGUACACUGGAAACUCUCAGGCUGUCAGGUUGUCUGCUCACAGGAGAAGGCUGUUCUUCUCUGGCCUCUGCUCUGUGGUCCAACCCCUCCCAUCUGAGAGAGCUGGACCUGAGCUACAAUCAUCCUGGAGACUCGGGAAUGGAGCUGCUGUCUGCUGGACUGAAGGAGCCACACUGGCGACUGGACAUUCUAAGGAUGGAAUAUUGUGGAGAGCAGAGACUGAAACCUGGUGUGAAGAAGUUUUCUUGUGAACUUGCACUGGACCCAGACACGGCAUACAGAAAGCUCAAACUGUCUGACGACAACAAGAAAGUAACCGCAGUGAGAGAUUAUCAACCAUAUCCUGAUCAUCCAGAGAGAUUUGACUGCUUCUGUCAGCUGUUGUGUAGAAAUGGUCUGACUGGUCGCUGUUACUGGGAGGUCGAGUGGGAAGGAGCAGUUCAUAUAGCAGUGACUUACAGAGGAAUCAGAAGGAAAGGAAACAGUGCUGGAUGCAGGUUUGGAAUGAACAAUCAGUCCUGGAGUCUGAGCUGCUCUGGGGGUGGUUCCUCUGUCUGGCACAAUGGCAGAGUCGCAGACCUCCCUCUCUCCUCCUCCUCCUCCUCCUCUAACAGAGUAGCAGUGUAUGUGGACUGUCCUGCUGGCUCUCUGUCCUUCUACAGAGUCUCCUCUGACACACUGAUCCACCUCCACACCUUCAACACCACAUUCGCUGAACCUCUUUAUCCUGGGUUUGGGAUUGGUUUUGGCAUUCGCUCAUCUGGGUCUGUAUCGCUCUGUGAGCCGUAGGAGGAAGAAUGUGGUAAAAAAAGGAUCAACGCUAAGUCCACAGAAUCUGGCUACGUCAUGUUCUGAAUGGGUUCCAGCUUAGUCGUGGUUUGCAUGUCUACAGUAAAUGUUUCAGAAGCAGAGCGUAUCAUCUUCAGCAGUCAAUUUUAGAAUAUAGUUCAGAGUUUUUGUCCAAUUGCUUUGUAUGGAUGGACUUUAAUAUACAGUUUAAUGACAGGACCAUGCCGUCUUUCAUCUAAAUGCCCUGUGAGUAACCUAAGUUUACAUUAAAGCGGGUAAAAUGUUUUCUCACCCAAAAUAAUGAUACUGUAGAUCUGCCCAGUGUGGGUUGAGAGCUGUGUGGCAUCAAGAAGACAACCUUUUAUUGCUUUAUUGGUUUUGUCAGAUAACGUCUUGAUUAUAAAAUAUUGAUGUGAUCAGCACCACA